AGGAGAGAGGGCUGGGCUGGGGCAUGAUGGAGGCUGAGCCAGCACCGGACCUCUCGAUGAUGCUGCGAGAGCUGCUGGCGCCGUUCUGUCUGGACAACGAACCGCUCCCCGGAACCCCCACCCAGCAGGCGCCAAGGGCCCCAAGAUGCCUCACACCCAGUGGCAGGUCCUUCUGGCCUGCACACCAGGAUUCCGUCACUGCCCUGCACUUCCUUCCAGAGACAGAGGGCCUGGCCCACCCCCCUGCUGGGGACACCCAGGCCCUGGGCCCCUGCUGGGAGCUGAAGGCCCUUGGGGCGCUGGGACCCCCACCUCUGGCCAGGAAUGCCAGGGCCAUGCUGACUUCAGUCAACCAGCAACAUAGCCUGGGGCCCCCAGGGACACCCUCAGUCCCUUCAGCCCCACCCCAGAAGAGACCCCGGAAGCAGUUGAACCCGCACCGGGGCGCAGAGAAAGUGGACCCCCAGUUCGAGGGGGUGACGCUGAAGUUUCAUAUAAAGCCGGAUUCCAGCCUACAGAUCAUACCCAGCUACAGCCUGGCCUGCAGCAGCCGCUCUCAGGGUCCCCCUGCAGGCCCCACUGGGGGCCCUGAGGCUAACCUGGGAGGCAGUGAGGCCCUGGGGCCCCGGCGCUGUGCUUCCUGUAGGACCCAGAGGACCCCUCUCUGGCGAGAUGCUGAAGAUGGGACCCCUCUCUGCAAUGCCUGUGGUAUCAGGUAUAAGAAAUAUGGCACCCGGUGCUCCAGCUGCUGGCUGGUACCCAGAAAAAAUGUCCAGCCCAAAAGGUUAUGUGGCAGAUGUGGGGUUUUCCUGGGCCCCCACCAAGGCCCAACUCAGGAAGGGUAAGCCCUUCCUCAUCCAGCCCUGCCUGUCCUGCCUCAGUUUCUCCAGGGGAAGAAUGGGCGGAAGACCUCCUAGGAGGAAUGGGAAACGAACUUGGGUCUUGAGGGCUUCGGCCUGCCUGCUCUCUGCCCCCUUCCCAUUCACAGUCCCCAGGCGGAAGACCCAGGCCUCAAACCCCACCGCCCCUUUCUCAGGGGGUCACUGGCCCCAUCCUGGGCCCCUGUUCCAAUCAAUCAGGUGUGGCUGAGCUCCCCUCAGAAAAUGCUCUCAGCAGUGACAUUCAUACUGUUACUAGCAGGGACAAUAAAGAGCAGAGCUACUCAGAGAAGGAACGCUGUGACUUGGGAGUCCCACCUCUUGUGCCCUCACCCGCCUCUCCCCCAGCCCGGGAACAUGGGGCAGGAAUUUUCUCAUUGGGGUUCUGAGGGACACACACAUAUGGUUAUGUAUACAGGCACCAGCCCCCCACAGGGGACUAGCUACAUGCACCACAACAUCCCACACGGGAACAGCCACCACACACAGAGACAGACAACACGUGUAGAAAGACACACACACACGAACAGAAACAUGUGCUGACACAUGUGAGACACAGACUACACAAAAGACUGAAAGACACACGGGUUGACAGACACACAUCUACUGAUAGACGAUAGACACACCUGUCGAUAGCCACGACAGAUACACAUAAUAGACACACAUGAAACACAUACAGAAGGCACACAUUGAUACACUGUGGGCCCCUCAUCUGUCAGCUCCACCUCUGCCUGCAGAAUGUCACCUUCCUGCUUCCUACAGGGACCAGUCCCUGCUGUGUUCCCCUCCCCCUCUUUUAAGAUCUCUUUAACCCCACCAAAAGGUGUCCCCAGCCUGAAGCCAAAAGCCAUGUGGAAGAGGCAGACCCUGGGCAGAGCUCUGGUUGCCAGUGCUCACGGGGAGGGAGGAGCGAGAGUCAAGGACGGGUGGGAUGCAGUGAAGGCAGGGCUGGUCCCUGCCUUGUGGGUGAGUGAGACU